AUGUCUUCCAUCAUUCAACGAUUUGGUGACUCGCGAAAUUUGUCAUUUGCUGUUCCCCCAAGAGGUCAUAUUUUAUCAAGUACAUAUGGUUUUAAACAGAACAUGUUAAACAGCACCAAAUACCCACCACUAAAUGGUGGGAAACAUUACGAUAUAUUAACUAAUCACGUUGUUUAUAAUCGACAUGAAAUGGAGGCUGUUAUUCCCAACGCAACUUACGUCACUGUAUUACGUCAUCCUGUAAAUCAGUUGGUGUCCGCGUUCGCCUACUUCGAGUGGACAAAAGCUGUUAAAACUUAUCGUGGAGGAAGUGCAGAUUUAUUUGCCACGUUCAUGGAAAGACCUACAAGAUUUCUAACUGCUAAAAUGAAGUUUUGGUGGCAAGGCCACAACGGUCAGCUUUAUGACCUUGGACUUAAAACACAAAAUAUAGAUACCGGUAACAAAUUAGAUGACAUUGUCUACAAAUACAUAGAAGUUCUGGAUAGGGAGUUUGAUCUCGUUCUCAUCACAGAAUAUUUUGACGAAUCAUUGCUGAUAUUAAAAAAACAACUGUUUUGGAGCAUGGACGAUAUUCUAUAUUUUUCAAAGGGUUUGGGUGCAUCACGUCAUAUAAUUACGCAACAGACACGUGACAAUAUCUUAAAAUGGAAUAGGGGAGAUUUGCUACUUUAUCAGCAUUUCAACAGAACACUGUGGGAGAAGAUAGCUGAGUACGGGCCUACCUUUGAGGGAGACUUAAAACAGUUUCAGGGUAAACUACAAGAAACAAUGAAAGAGUGUAUUGACCAAUCAAUAAUGAAUACUAAAGAUAGACGGGAAAGAAAAUAUGUAUUGAAAACUACUGCAUCUAAGAAAUGUUUAAAAAUGUCGUUUGAUGAUAGUCAUUACACUAAUAUAAUACGAAAAAAACAACUCAAAACUAAUGAUUAG